AUGCCGGACAGCGACAAGAACCAGUACUGCAAGAUAGUCGAGCAAUUACGUGGCCACUUCGAGUCUCCUCACUUCCGCAGCUCGUCAGCAACUCAGCGACUGCAAACAAGGGCAAUCGGAGUCCGCACGCAGCUAACCCCCCACUUCGACGAGGCGGUAGUCAAGGCAAUCACCUACGAAUCUCUUCUAGCGGAUGCAGCUAAUGCCAUCACCAUAUUUCCACCGGUGCAGGCACCAACCCCCGUAGUUCACGCCGUGCAAGCACAACGCGGAAAUUUUAGAGGACCGGCGCAAUAUUACCAGCGCAGACCCAAUUUCGCCAAUCGCCAGCUGUCGGCAAGUCCACAUCAAAGGGGUACCUUUAACCGCAGAGCUAUGGAACGAGCCCCAAAUUCGGACGUGACGUGUUUUCGUUGUGGCAGAACAGGCCACAUCCAAACAUUUUGCAGAUACGAUUUACCGCCGGCUCACUUGGCCCCACCUAGGCCGUUCUAUCGAUCCGGAAACCGACGUCCUAACAACCUAGGACAACGGCAACAGCAAGGCCCUUGGAGUGGACGUCGUCCCCUAGAUAAUCAGAGGUGGAACAACAAUAACAAGGUGCAGCUCACUAACCCAUCUAUUUUCAGACAGCCUGCUUCCCGUAGCCAACCGAAGGUAUUCGCCCUCGAGCCAACGGACGACACCACGCCAGUGGAUGAGCGACCAACAGAAGGAUGCCCACAUCGCAGCUCUCAUCGAGAGGAACAGCGCGUUGGCGGACUUAGCGUUCGCAACCCGCGACCUUAA